AUGACUGUCCCGACGACUCCAUUUCUAAACGAACAGUUACUCACUAAAGCUCAGCAAGCAAUCCAGCCCUCAUCGCCCGUUCUUGGUUUCACAUUUCCUGGCUCCCCAGCACUUCCAGACUUCAAUCGGGAUAGUGACGAACUCAUCGCCAUGUCUCAACGUGCUAACGGGGAAGCGCGCACGCCUGGAGGGCGGCACCGCCGCUCAGAUCGACUCAGCGCAAAGGCAAACUCCGUUACUGCGGAAUCAGUUGUCACCAACGCCACAGCUUCUGCCGCAGCAAAACGCACAACAACAACUUUGACCAAAGUCGCCAACCGCAGAUCCAAUGCUUACGGUGCAAGCGGUCGUAUUGGAGCCCCUGACAAGCUCCCGACUGCCCCUGCUACAGGUUUUACGCAGGCCAUGGAGAGCCAGCUCGAAAAGUAUGCCAACGGUGAAGACGAGGAAGAGGAAGAAGACCAUCGGACAGAACGAGAGAACAAAGGGGAUGAUGACGCCGACGAGCUUGGUAGCGAGCAUCCAUCACUCUUCAUCAGGCAAAUGCGCAACAGCGGCAGGCUCUCACCGGAUUUUGCGCGCAACCCCACAUCCAAAUCAAAGGCCACUCCCGGCUACUCUUUCAUCGACAGUGAUGACUUCAGUCAUAGCGACGAUGAUCUCGCAGCGUCUGUAGGAAACACCACCAAGUCGUUCGGCCUUGCUCACGAGGCUGGCAUGCUUGUCUCCCAGGACCCAUUCGCUGGGGCGCCCAUUCGGGACGAGCCUAGAAGCUCACCUUUCGUCAAGCCUGCAGCACUGAACCGCAAGCCCGAAUUGGCAGCGUCAAUCGCACAAGAUCAUUUCGCCAAGCCUGCAAUGCCGAAUCGCAGGCCCGCCAGCCGCACUGUGAACGGAGCAAGGACGCAAGGACCAACCCCGGUUCUGUCUCAACGUCCUGUUCGUAACAAGACCCCAGAUUCGACCAAGAUUCCCACUCAAGCCGAGAAGCCUGCCAAGGCACCCAUCCAAGACCAGGCGCGAACUAGGCCGAACCUGAAGCAACCAACUGUUCGCACUACGUCAGCUGAGGUUGAAGAAUCCAUCGAGGAACUGAUCGCUGAAGAGCAGGGUAGGCUCCACCAACAAGGCCCACCACCACCACAACUACAGCGACAGACUGAGCGACGUCGCCCUCACCAAAAAGACAGAGUCGAGCUCAACGCGUGGCUUGGCGAUGUCGAGCCGCCUGAGGUCGACGAGCCGGCGUGGGCGUGGAAGAAGCCUGUGACAUGGGCCUUCGCAGCGUUGGCGGCUUUUUUGCUAUUGGGCUGGUUGACCUCCGCCUACAUGACAGCGACCGAGCAUCCUGAGUCUGCAGCGCGGACACCUGGGUUGCUGAAGGCUGUGGGUGCCCGAGUCAGCUACACGUACGAGAAGAUUGCUGAGGCCAUUCUGCCUCCUACCGAGCGCAAACUUACUGAGGCUGAGCUGGCGCAGGCAUACAAGAACAACGGCGACGACAACCUCUUGUGGGGCCGUAUGUCCAAUAUUGAGAACCGUAACGCAAAGCGCGUGGAGGACGUUCGUGCAGAUAUGCGUACGGCAAUCGAGGAGCUCAAACGGGAGCUUCCGGAAAUCAUGAUUGUCCGACGUAAUGAGGAUGGUUCCUCUGAAAUCACGGAUGAAUUUUGGAUGGCACUAACUGGCAAGACACGUUCAAGCAUGGGUGACAGGGAAUGGGCGAGCUACGUGCAACAAACCAAGACCAAGCUCAGCGAGCUGUUCGACACCACAGCUCAUCAAGAGCGCAGGCACACCGACAGCUGGCCCCAAGCUGUCUCUCGUGACGAGUUUGUUACUUUUAUGGAGCGCCGAUACGAAAACCUGACCGUACAAGUCGACAAGAAGAUCGACGAGGCUAUCCGAGCCCAGAGCGCCCAAUUCAAGACGAUGGUGCAAGCAGAGGCCCGAAAGACUAUGAUGGAUCAAAUCCGUCUCAACUCCUUAGCCCAAGCCAACCUUGUCGCAAACUACGAACAUCACCUGAGCAAACCCAACUACUUCUCCCCUGGUUUAGGCGCCAUUGUCGAACCUGACCUCUCCUCCGUCACCUUCAACAAUAAGCCCGGUCGAUUCUACGAGUUCAUGCGCCGCAUGGCAUUGACCCCCAGACGCAACCCACCGAUGGCGGCGCUUACAAAGUGGGAAGAGCCAGGCGACUGCUGGUGUUCUGCUGGACAAAGCGGAACGUCAACCGGUCAGGCUCAGCUCACAGUCAGACUCGCACGUCCUGUCAUUCCGAAGCAGGUCACCAUCGAGCACGUACCUAUAAGCAUGAUGCCAGCGCGCAACAUCUCCAACGCUCCCCGUGACAUCGAGCUCUGGGUCCAGACAAAUGCACCCAUCAACCCCUACUACUCGCACCGCCAAGUGACUUGCCGCGACCCGCCGCCAUCCAGCAUCGGUGGGCCCACCUGGAAGUGCCUAGGAUCAUUCAAGUACAACAUCCAUGCGUCGAACCAUCUCCAGACGUUUGACCUCGCUGGUGAGCCGUCCGAACCCAUUUGGAGGACCAUGGUACGUGUGACCAGCAAUUGGGGUGCUAGUCACACGUGCCUGUACCAGGUGAGACUACAUGGGACAGACGCGGAGAAGGACUACGAGUACCCAGUUAGCCUAAUGGAUUAG